AUGACCUAUCAGGCAGGAGGCAGCCGUUUUAGUCCAAUCUCUGCAUCAGCUGCCUGCACUCAGCCGCCAGAUCAUGAAAAUUGGCUUUCCUCUGCGUUGACACAGAAUCCGCGCUACUUUACAAGGUUAGAGGACAGGCAAACGAUCUUACCAGAAGUAAAUAAAUCAGUUUAUGACUUGGAGUUGAUGCUGGCUCUAUUGAUGCAUCAAUCACUGCCUGCACAAGCCGAGGCAGCCGAGUGGUUGGCAAGCCAGGCCACAGAACAGAAGCCGUCACCGAUGGUUAUGACUGCUCCCAAAGAGACUACUUUGCUCGAAACUAAUUCCCCAUCCAUUGUGAAUGGCUUAGCUGAGGAUUCUGGUUAUGCUUCUACAAGGGCCUGCAUCUGGACACCUCAGUUAUGCGCUCAAGCCAAAUAUUUUACUGGAAUGCACGCCAGUUAUGACAGAGGAUCAGCCAGAAGCUCUAUUUCUGAGAAUGUAGCUCCUCCUAUAGACGAGUUGUCAAGAGAGGAAGGUAAUGAAGCUUGGAGAAGGUCAUCCAUGAAGUCACCAAUUCUGGCUCUCCGACAGAAUUUUAGGCAGCGUGAAGGGUCAAAUUUACUUGAUCCGACAGUAAUCUGCAAGAGCGAUACGAUUUCUGCAGUCUCAUCACUCCCUCCUCAAACAGCCUCUCAGUUGCCUGCUCUUUCAUGUCCCGCCGCAUUUUCACCUUCAGUCAUGUGUCCCUCACAUUCACUGCCUUCAACUAUAACUGGCGAAUGUGAAAAGGAAAUCCUUAGACUACUCAGCCAGCUACCGAUAUCCCAGCAGUUAGCUUGGAUGCAGACGUUAAAACUCCUCUAA